UCCAAAAAAUUCCGACCCCCUAAAAUGACGAUUUUAACAGCACGCACACUUGCAGUCAUAUUUGGCAUCUUAGGAAAUGUUGUCGCAAUUGGCGUGUUCCUUUCACCGAUGCCAACAUUCUACAGGAUCUACAAAAGGAAAUCAUCUCAAGGAUACAAAUCACUACCCUACGCUGUGGCACUUUUCAGUGCAAUGAUGCUGCUAUACUAUGGUUCCCUCAAACCGGAUGGAAUUCUUAUCAUCACUAUUAAUAGUUUUGGAUGCUUUAUAGAAAUUCUUUACCUUGUGAUAUUUCUAAUAUAUGCACCAAAAGAGACAAAGAGUUUCACGCUGAAGCUAAUACUUCUCUUUAAUCUAGGAGUAUGCAGCUUAGUCAUGCUGCUCACAACUUUGCUAUCUAAAGGGUCCACAAGAAUUACUAUUGUUGGCUGGAUUAAUGCUGCCAUUAACCUAUGUGUGUUUGCAGCUCCUCUGAGUGUCAUGAGGCAAGUAAUUAGAACAAAAAGCGUGGAGUUCAUGCCGAUUUCUCUUUCCAUAGCCCUCACAUUCAACGCUACAAUGUGGUUCUUCUACGGAUUUUUCCUCAAGGACUAUUUCAUUGCAGGACCAAAUAUAUUGGGGUUUGUUUUUGGGGUGGUUCAAAUAGUCCUCUAUAUCUUGUACAAGUAUUGUAGCAACAAGCUUGAGCAGGAUUCAACUCAAAAUGAGUCAUACAAAGAUUUGGAACAAGUGAAAGAUGUCACAAAGGAAAACCAACAACUUGAAUUGCAAACAAUAUAG